UUCCCCGGCCGCAGAGAGGGAGAUAGGCGAGCAGGGCGCUCUUUUCAAACACAUAUCGAUUAAACUAUCGUUUUUAUGCAGGACGUUGCAGUCUAGCUCGUUGCUUUCGAGAGGGGCCUUUUCUGGUGCUUUUUCCCUGCAUGUGCCACAGGCCGACGUUGAUGUUGGUGGUGCUGUUUUGUGCUUUACAGUUUGGCCUAACAGGUCACCCAUUGCCGCACUGAAACACCAUUCAUUCCGUUUACAGCGCUGUAUUAACCCUGUUUCGGCGAUGGCUCCUCUGGGUGUGAUUAACGGCCUGCCGGGUCUCUAGGGCGGGCAGGUAGCGUUGUGUGCAGCACUAUGUUGGAGCCGGACACGAACAGAAGCGUUUGAAACCGCUGGGGAUGUCUGGCUGAGCGGUUCUUAACCUGGGUUAAUAGGUGUUCGGGCUGGAGAAGACAUGGCUGGGGUUGUCGCUAUGGCAUCUGUUAUCGAAGACUUUGAGAAGCAGCCAUGCAAGAGACAAAGAAAGGAUGGCGAGACCGCGGCGGCUAAAACGAUCACCAGUUACUUCCUGCCCAUGCCCAAGGCCGUGGAGAAGCCCUUCUCCCCCCCCAGGUCCAGCAACAUCCUGGAUUACUUCCGGAGGACCCCUCCGGCCGAGGGCGGGAGCGGGGCGCCAGAGCCGGCCAGGGAGAACGGGCACAAGCCCUCCGAAGCGCUUGGCGCCGGCAGCGGGCGGCAGCGUCUCCGGCGGGGCAGGAAGCCGGGCAGGAGCUUGAGCAGGCAGCUGCAGGACUCCCAGACAGACCGCUCCCCGGACGUGCCGGUGAUCUCCGACCCCGGACCAGACGGCUCUGGGGGCACGCCGGCCGUUGGCGGCACAGCGGGGGGUCCCGGCGACGCGGCCCCGCUCCUCGCCGAGACCUGCGCGGAGGCCCAGGAGGGAGAGGCCGGGGGCUCGGAGGUGCCAGAGCCAGUGUCCGUAAGGAGUCCGACGGAGAAAUCUAAACCCCCCAAGAGGAGGAGCUUGGCGAAGAAGCCGCGGGGCGCAUCCGCUUGCGCAGGAGAAGACUCGGAGGGGAAAGGGAAGAAAGGCAAACCUGACGCCCGGAGCAGCAGGGGAACGAAAGCCGAGCAGCAGCAGCAGCAGCAGCAGCAGCAGCCGCAGCCUUUGGCUGAUUCCCAGGAGUCCGAGCCGUCUCUGUGCGACACCAGCCUGGAGGUGCACGUGGACGAGGCCUCCCGGCUGAACGACAGCACGGUCACCAUCUCCUUCGAGGACUUCCUGGAGAGCCAGAAGCAGCAGCAGGAGGAGCAGGCGGAGGAGAAGCGAGGCGCUCCGGAGAGCCCCGAGCCUGUGGCCGUCGCCCCCGGGGGAGUGGAUGUUCGAGCGGAUGCCGACCCCGGCGCCCCCCAGCGCGCAUCGCCCAGAACCCUCACUGUCCAAGCGGAGGUGCACCAGGACUCCGGGGGCCCUCGCUCCCCGGAGCUGGCCAGGAGAGUGGCCUCCAUCUUUGUCAGGAAGGGGGAGGACGGCGGCGCGCAGGGCAGGACGAGCGAGCCGGCGGAGGCCGAGAGGUCGGAGCUGCUGCCUGCGAUGCCCAAGCGGAGGUCCAACGUGGUGCUGGAGGAGCAGGACCUUGAGCUGGCGGUCAUCGAGGCUGCCGCCAAGCCCAAGUGCUCCCAGGCGGAGAGGAAGCAGUUCAUGAAUGCCUUCAAGCAGCCCGCGGGAGAGAGCCUGCGGGGCAAGGCGAGGAAGGGCCCGGGCAAACAGAAAGAUGGCUGUGACCAGACGCCGGGGCAGCCGGGAGAAGAGGCCGAGCCGGGGGAAGACCCCGCCGGGGAGGGGCCUUCCCCGAGCGCUGAGGCUCUAGGGGCCGCCGGCAGUGAGGACAAGGAGCCGGGGGCCACAGAGGAGGCCCCUGCGUGCGAGCCGGGGGCCAGCAGGCUGAAGAGAAGGGGUAGGAAAAAGCAAGCCGGGGCUGUCGGAGAAACGCCGGUCAUCGCCGCGACCCCAGCCGCUGCAGAAGGAGCCCCGCUGGGCCAGGGCGAGGCGGAGGCGGAGGCGGAGGCGGAGGCGGGUGGGGAGAGCUCCGUCACGCCGCUCUCGACGCCAGUCAGAGGGCAGGCUGCCCGGAGACUCACCAGGGGCAGUGCCCGCCAGUUAUCAUCGCCCAGCCCGCUGACCUCGCCGGCCCCCGGGGCAGGGGGGGCAGCUUCCUCGCAGGGCAGCCCAGCGCGGGUGUCCACCCCUCGAGCGCACAGCUUCAGGAGCGGGGUGUACAGAUCGGAGAUGCUCUCGCCCCCUGACGACAAGGAGAGUCCCAUCAGGAUGAGGUUUUCCCGUGUGUAUCCUCGUUCUGGAAGGAAGGCUGGCGAUGGAAGUGAUUUUGAAAUGACUCCACUGAGAUCGAAGAAACCUGGCGCUUUGAAGAGCAGGAGGAAAGCCAAAAGACUGGUGGAGAAGGCCAGGGCUCUCCAGCAGAGCAAGAGCAAGGCAGCUCCUGAGGAGAGAGGCACGCCCCGGCGCUCCUCUCGAAACCUGGACCUGAAGAGGAAGACCUACUGCGAGGAUGAGGACUCGGUGCUGUUGGUAGAAGAUGUGAGGCGGGACAGCGGACCAGCUCCAGCCGCACAGACGCAGCAGCUGCGCAGCCUGAACGACGUGCUGGGGAAGAACACGGCCGCAAGCAAGGCAGCGAAGAGCCCUGCAGGGUCAAACGUGGCACCUCUGUUCCUGGGGAAAAAGGCACAGAAGCAAUCUGGGAUCAUCUCCAUUUUUGAUGACAGCAGUCGCGACGAGUCCGAGAACUCGCAGGACGACGAGCAGUUCAGGGCCAGGAGGGAGUUUCUGAAGAGCGGCCUGCCGGAGUCCUUCAAGAGGCAGAUCGCCAAGAUGGCUGCCAGCCGGGAGGCCUACGCCACCUCCUGCGCCUCCUUCCUCCCCGUGGUUCACGUGCUGCAGGAAACCCCCGAUUGCCCUCUCUGGAGUCUGCCGUGGCCCACGUCUCGGCUCCUGAAGCAUCUGAGAGGAGACCCCGGCCCCCCCCAGCCCACAGGGCUGCCCGGACCGCUCGUGGGCUUCAAGACCACGCCAGCCCCGAGAGCAAGGACAUCCAGGGGGCCGGGCUGCAGCGAGGAUUUCUCAGAGCAGGUUCGGAGGUGCCUGCUGGAAGAGAUUAGGGCUUCGAACCCUCUUUUCCCCGUGAGAAGGUUCUUCAACUGGUUCCUGAAGAAACGCAGCGAGCACCUUCUUCUGCAGAGCAGCGACAUGGCAGCAGCUCCCGGUAUGCCCUGCAGUGCCCCUGUCCCCCAGCUGCCCGCGGGGGGCAAACGGAAGUGGGGGGAGGGUGGGGCAGGUGGGGCACCCAAGCGGCAGCGGGCGGCGGCAACGGCGGGGGGGGAGGAGGACGUGAUCGUGAUCGCCGACGACUCGCCGGACACCGCGCUGGGGGGCGCCCGGACGGGCGGCGCGGAGCUGGCGGGGGGGCAGGCCAGGCCAGGCCGCGCGCGGAGGCGCAGGCGGCCGGACCGGGAUGGCGGCGAGGCGGUCGUGCUGGACGACAGUCCCACAGCAGGCGCUGCAGCUGGAGAGGGAGACUCGGCAGAUGGUGUGAAAGAAGACGUGUUGUGGACUGAGAAGUACCAACCUCAGCACUCCAGCGAAGUCAUUGGGAAUUCGGUAGCAGUCAAGAAGCUGCACAGCUGGCUGAAGGAGUGGAAGCUGAGGGCCGACUGUGAGGAGAAGAAGAAGUUGAGGGAGAAGAGGCAGGAGGACGACAGCGCCGACGCGUGGGACUGCGGCGACUUCAGGGGUGAGGACGGCGAGGAGGACCUGCUGUGCAACACGGUGCUGAUCACGGGCCCCCCCGGCGUGGGCAAGACGGCCGCCGUGUACGCCUGCGCGCAGGAGCUGGGCUUCAAGGUGUUUGAGGUGAAUGCGUCGUCGCAACGCAGCGGCAGGCAGAUCCUGUCCCAGCUGAAGGAAGCCACGCAGUCCCACCAGGUGGACAUCCAGGGUGUGAACGCGCACAAGCCGGCCUACUUCAACAGCACCAGCACCAGCACCUCUAGGCCCGGUGGCUCUCCAAGAAAGGGAAAUUCUCCGAGGAGGGUCGUGUCAUCUCCCAGAAAGUCCCCUCGAAGGGCGAGCCCCAAGAAGGGGGGUCUGGCUCCCACAAGUCUCGCCAGCUUCUUCAAGACGGGCGCCAGACUCAAGAGCAAAGACACAGGCAGCCAGGAGAAGCGUGGAGAGAGAGACAGUGGUUCUCCGAAUCCUUUGGCUGAUCAGAGAAGCGGCUCUCAAGGCAGAGAGGCUCUGAGCAAACCUGCAGGCAGCAGAGACGGUUCAGCAGAGGAGCCGGGUAAAAAGGCAGCCACGUCCCUCAUCCUUUUCGAGGAGGUUGAUGUCAUAUUUGAGGAUGACAGUGGAUUCCUGGCAGCAAUCAAGACCUUCAUGGCCACAACCAAGAGGCCUGUAAUCCUGACCACCAGCGAUCCAACGUUUAGUUCGUUGUUUGAUGGACAUUUUGAAGAAAUUCAUUUUAAAACCCCUUCAAUGGUGAAUGUCGGCAGCUACCUGCAGCUCCUGUGCUUGGCCGAGAACGUCCGAACAGACGCCAGGGAUUUUUCCUCCCUGCUCUCCUUGAACAAGUGCGACAUCAGGCGGAGCCUCCUGCACCUGCAGUUCUGGGUGCGCAGCGGCGGCGGACGGAAGCUGCACAGGCCCCUCCCCCCUCCAGCUGCCGAGGCUCCGGUGGGGGCGCCGCGGGGGGGCGGAGCCGCGGGGGGGGUAGAUGCAAAGGGCGCCGCCCCCCCUCCUGCGCGGGAGACGCCGCCGGGCCUGCCGCGCUGCGACACUGGCUGCACGGAGGCCAUGCUGGGCUUGCACAACAUCGCGCCUGCGCUUGACCCCCCAUCGGUGUUCAAGGGCCAGGUCUCCACAGUCCCGGGCAGCCAGAGGCGCUGGGUGCUGCUGGCCGAGUGCCAGAGGCAGGGGGUGGACCUGCUGUACUGCAAUCUGGAGGAGCUCCUGCCCUUGCCAGUCGGGGUCCUCCGGGGGCCUGUGGACGCACAGGUGGGCCCCCUCCCGACGGCCAGGCCCGAGGUGGGCGGGGAGCUCAGAGAGGAGGACAGUCCUGUGAAAGCCUCCCACGUGAUGAGGAGGAGGAGGUGGCUGGAGCUGAAGGGCAAAGACAUGUUCGAGUCCGAUUCGGAGUCGGAGGAAGGCUUCCUCUCGCUGAGGAAGACAGCUGCCCGUGCCUCGCGAGCUGAACCCGCGCAGGAGGGGGGCCCUGGUGACCCCGAGGUGCUCUCCAUCAAGACUGGAAACGAACCGAAAUCCGCAGCAGAGCAGAGGCGCAGCGAGCUGGUGUCCCGCUGCCUGGGCUCCCUGGCUGAGUUCCUGGACCACGCCUCUUUCCUGGACUCCUCCCUCUCCCCGGAGGCGCCGGGCGCGGAGGACAUCUGCAGGCGGGGCGGCUUCGCCUGGUCUGCGAGCCGCAUCAAGAACGGGCUCUCGGACGAGGAGCGGGUGGACGGGGACCCGUGGUGGAGGCGGGAUGACUGCGGGGAGAGGCGGGCCGCCCUGGCGGACCUGAGCCUCCGGAAGUGCCAGGCUGUGCUCUCGGAGUCGUGGGAGGCGUCCCAGGUUCUGUGUCAGGAGCUGGGCCGGGAUGCGAUCGAGGAGCUGACCCUCCCUGUCGGGCCACACAGGCAGGGCUUUAGCUUCUGCCCGGCCGCGCCCCUCGAUCCCAGUGUCCUGGCGCAGAGGGAAGCAGCGCUGAGGGACGUUUUCUCCAGCCAAGCCUUCGCCAGCCUGGGCAGCAGGCAGGCCGCGGCGGCGGAGUACCUGCCCACCCUGCGCGCCAUCUGCCGGUCCGAGAAGCUCAAGGAGCAAGGAAGGGUGAAGAGGAGGUUCCUGCACUACUUUGAUGGCAUUCACCUAUGCCUUCCCAAACACACCAUGGAUUUCCUGGCUGCAGACUUUCCUUGAUCUUAGAGGGUCUGCAUGGGACUGUCUCGGUGCCAUGAGGUGGUUAAAUGCCCUGUUUGUACGAUCUUUGUACAGCAGUGGAAAUAUUGCAGAGAUUGUGACUUCUAUGUGAAUGUCAGUGUACAUUUUAACAGUAGCCUUUAGUGUGUGAAGUUUCAAUUUUAUGUAUUUUAUUUUUGCAUUUCGUUUGAUAGAAAUAAAUUUGCAUUUGCUGUUUGACGGCAAAAUCAUUUGUACAAGAUCAUAUGUAACCUUUGUGUACUGGUGCUAUGUGUAUAUUUUAAAUUAAUAAGUGGAGGAAAUGAUACAGCAUAUGAACCAUGUUUUUGUACAUGAAAAAUACAAGGUGUUUGUUAUAAUAAUGGGGUCUUGAAGUAUCUGUAAGCCUUUUCUGCAGGCGACUCUGCUGUAUAAGAGGUGCCUGUGAUAGGUUAGGUGUAAAAAUGACUAUUCAGCCCAGACUUUGUUUGGUCUCUAAAGAUUCAUUAGCACCGUUCUUAAGGUUUUCAACCCCCGUGUCCUGGGUCAGUUCCUCUGGGUCCGGCCUUAAGUAGCUGAAGUAUUUCCUUCCCUGUGAUCUGCUGUAGCACGGCAGGGGUGGAGAAAAGGGACAAAAAAAAAUAAAGUCAUCGAGUCAAACAUACAAGCAGCUCAGCUGCCGGCAGCAAUUAGCACUGGUGUUAACGGGCCCCAGUGGAACAAACCCCAGCACGGAGAAGAAACGGUGCUAAAACUAGGUGCUUUAACACGGGAAGUACUGUGUAAUGCAGCAGAUGGUCAGUGAUGCCAGUGCAAUACAAGCCUCGUGUAUUUUGACAAUACUGUCUGUUCAGUGCCAGCUGUGACCAGGCUCCUCAAGGCUGGUUCUUAAAGCUCGCUGAUCUUUUUUUUUUUUUUAAAGAUCAGCAAAAG